CUUUUUUUUUACCGCCUGUCGCCGUUGCUGACUUUUGUCUGGAAACAACAAUCAUGGUCGUCGCUCACAAUCUUGGAUUCCCGCGCAUCGGCGCCAACCGCGAGCUCAAGAAGGCACAGGAAUCAUUCUGGGCCGGCACCAUCUCCGAGGCUGAGCUGAUUGAGGUCGGCCGCGAGCUCCGCGCCAAGCACUGGGCCCUCCAGAAGAACGCUGGCAUUGCGUUCGCGCCCGUUGGCGAUUUUGCCUUUUACGAUCACGUUCUGAACGUCACUGCUCUUGUGGGUGCCGUUCCUCCUCGCCAUGCCAACGCCUCUGGCAGCACUGCCGACCUCAAGACUUACUUUUCGAUGGCUCGAGGCGACGCUGGCGUGCCUGCACAGGACAUGACCAAGUGGUUUGACACCAACUACCACUACAUUGUGCCCGAGUUUGCUGACACGACCAAGUUUGCCAUCGCGGACGAGUCGCUGUUUGCCCAGGUCUCUGAAGCUCUUGCUGCAGGCCUGCGCCCCAAGCCCGUGCUUGUUGGUCCCUUCACCUACCUGUAUCUUGGCAAGGAAAAGUCGGCUGGCUUUGCUCGUCUUUCGCUGCUGCCGGCUCUUCUCGAGGUCUACGCCGCCAUCUUGGACCGCCUGACGUUGCUCGGUGUCGAGUGGGUUCAGCUGGACGAGCCGGCGCUCGCGCUUGACCUGACUGCUGACAAGCUCGAGCUCUUCGCUUCCGCGUAUGCUCGCCUUGCCAAGCACGGCCCCAAGAAGCUCCUUGCAACCUACUUUGGCGAUGUCUCCGACCACGCCGCCCUGCUCAAGUCGCUGCCCGUCGACGGUAUCCACAUUGACGUUGUCCGAGCGCCUGCCCAGCUGGACAGCUUCCUGGUCGACCUCCCGAGCACCAAGGUGCUCUCUGUCGGCGUUGUUGACGGCCGCAACAUCUGGCGCAAUGACAUCCGCGCCUCUGUCGCUCUGCUCCAGAAGGCAAGCUCGAGCUUGGGUGAGCGACUCUGGGUCGCGCCCAGCUGCUCGCUCCUGCACACCCCCGUGGACUUGGCCAACGAGACCAAGCUCGAUGCCGAGUUCCGCUCGUGGCUGGCCUUCUCCACCCAGAAGCUCGCCGAGGUGUCUGCCAUCGCCACGGCCUUGACCUCGGGCGAGGCUGCCGUCGCCUCCCAGCUCGCCGAGUCCGAUGCUGCCGUUGCCUCUCGCAAGAGCUCUGUCCGCGUCAACAACCCGGAAGUCCGCGCUCGCAUUGCCCAGCUCCCUGCGAACAGCGAUGCUCGCCAGUCGCCCUACCCCGUCCGCGCCAAGGCUCAAGCCGCCCGCCUCCAGCUCCCGCGCUUCCCCACCACCACGAUCGGCUCCUUCCCUCAAACGGCGGAAAUCCGCAAGGCCCGUGCUGACUUUAAGAAGGGUACCAUUCCCGAGGCCUUGUACGUCGAAAAGAUGAAGGCCGAAAUUUCGCUCGUGGUCGAGCGCCAGGAGGCCUACGGCAUCGAUGUUUUCGUCCACGGCGAGGCCGAGCGCAACGACAUGGUCGAGUACUUUGGCGAGCAGCUGGCUGGCUUUGCCUUCACCGAGAACGGCUGGGUCCAGAGCUACGGCUCUCGCUGCGUCAAGCCGCCAGUCAUUUUCGGCGACGUCUCCCGCCCCAAGCCCAUGACGGUGGACUGGACGACCUACGCCCAAAGCUUGACCAAGAAGCCGAUGAAGGGCAUGCUCACUGGUCCUGUGACGGUGCUUCAGUGGUCGUUUGUGCGCGUGGACAUUCCCCGCUCCGAGACCUGCCUGCAACUCGCCGUCGCCUUGCGCGACGAGGUUGCUGACUUGGAGAAGGCUGGCAUUGCCGUCAUCCAGAUUGACGAGCCUGCCAUUCGUGAGGGCCUGCCGCUGCGCCGCAAGGACUACGACGCCUACCUCGAGUGGGCGACGCGCUGCUUCCGAGUGAACGCCUCGCCCGUUCGCGACGACACGCAAAUCCACACCCACAUGUGCUACUCCGAGUUCAAUGACAUUCUGCCCGCGAUCGCCGCGAUGGACGCCGAUGUCAUCACCAUCGAGACCUCGCGAUCCGACAUGGAGCUGCUCACCGGCUUUGGCACCUUUGCCUACCCCAACGACAUUGGCCCGGGCGUCUAUGACAUUCACUCGCCCCGGCUGCCCAACCUUGCCGAAAUGCUCCAGCUCCUCGAGAAGGCCGUCGCCGUCAUCCCCGCCGAGCGCCUCUGGGUCAACCCGGAUUGCGGCCUGAAGACCCGCAAGUGGCCCGAGACCGAGAAUGCUCUCACGACCAUGGUUGCCGCUGCGCGAGAGCUGCGCGUCAAGUACCCUGCCGCCUAAGCCUGGGGCUGUUUUGUGCAUGACCUGUGUGAUGUGUGUGUGUGUGUGUGUGUGUGUGUGUGUGUGUGUGUGU